AUGUUCUACUUCCACUGCCCCCCGCAGCUAGAGGGCGCGGCCCCCUUCGGAGGUCACUCCGCCGGCGACUUCGACGACGGGUUCCUGCGGAGGAAGCAGCGCCGCAACCGCACCACCUUCACCUUGCAGCAGCUCGAGGCCCUGGAAGCCGUUUUUGCUCAAACCCACUACCCCGAUGUGUUCACUCGGGAAGAGCUGGCUCUGAAAAUCAACCUCACGGAGGCCAGGGUGCAGGUGUGGUUCCAAAAUCGAAGGGCUAAGUGGAGAAAAACAGAGAGGGGUUCAUCCGACCAAGAGGGCUCUAAGGAAACCAUGGCUGAGGUGGCACCUCCUGCAAGGAAUUUAAAUUCCCCUUCUCCAGCAGAUCAAACCAGGAAUAAGAAAGAAGGUCUGGAGAUCCAGCAGAGCCUGAGCCGAUCAGUGGGUCCUACAGGACCUUUCUUCCCUUCCUGCCUGCCGGGGACUCUCCUCAACACAGCCACCUAUGCACAAGCUUUAUCCCAUGUCGCCUCUCUAAAAGGGAGCCCGCUGUGCUCGUGCUGCGUUCCAGACCCCAUGGGCCUCUCCUUCCUGCCCACCUACGGCUGCCAAAGCAACCGCACCGCCAGCGUGGCCGCGCUGCGCAUGAAGGCGCGCGAGCACUCGGAGGCUGUGCUCCAGUCUGCCAACCUCCUGCCCGCCGCCAGCAGCAGCCCCACUCCUCCUGCCAAACCCGGCCCCGAGGGCAGCCAGGACAAGCAGCCCUCCCCAGCCAAGGAGCACAUGGAAGGGGAGAAGAGCGUAUGAGACCGGAGCGGCGCCGGCCCCGCGGCUCAGGGCAGUGACCCGCCGCCGGCGCUCUGCCGUGGGGUGAACUGCAGUGUGGCCGUGCCCAGUGGGACGUCGUGGGGCCACCCAUGGGACCUGAAACAGCUGAGUGGCCUCUUUGGCUGCCUUUCACGCACCCUUGCUUUUCUUGUGUCGCUGUAGGUUCAUUUCCCUCAUUUAUCAGCACUAUCUGUGUUUGGAAAUGUUCGUGAAGCUGUUUUUAUUCCCCGCCCUGCCCCAUACAUCCCAGGGGUGCUGAAAGGCCCGGGGUCCUGGCUUGCUCCUGCACAUCUCAACUUCCCAUCCUGCGUGAAAUGGAUGGCUGGAAGCAGCACAUCACUUCCAGAUGUGAGUUCUGGGGCAAGAGAUGCACCCAGGCACCAGUAACUCCACUGCUCACAACAGAGGGGAAGGAAUAUCCAGAUAUAUCCGAGUUUGGCCUGCUGUUUUCUGAAGGAAUUUGACUUCAACCAGACCUAUCCCAGGCAAUCCAGAUGUAAGAGAAGCAGAAAGUAAAACAAAACUUCUUUUUUUUUUUUUUCUUUUCUUUCUUUCUUUCUUUCUUUUCUUUUCUCUGAAAGUGAAACUUCCUGUGGAGUAGAUUACUGGGAAAUUGCUGAGAUCAGUUUACUUGUGACUAAAAUCCUCACACUAGCCUCUGUGUGAACAUUAGUGUAUUACUCUUGCCAUUCCCUGGGUUAGACAUGAAAGACACAUAGCUUCAGAGUUGCAUUCACAGCUUCAAACAGUAGUGCUGGUAUUUAAUGGAGAGCAAAUUGUCUCUUGAUUUGCACAAAGCUGGGGGUAUUUUGACAUCAUUGUCUUGGAAAAAGGCACUGAAAGACAAAAAUAAUCCUUCACUGCAGGACUGCGAAUAUGUUUUUCCAUGUUUUAUGUUUAAUAAAGAGGAAAUAAAGCCUGGAAGGAUAUUCCUUUAUGCCAUCCAAAUUUAGACUAUUCCAUUUACUGAAGCUUGUUGUAAUGAAUCUAGAUAUGAAAAUAUAUUAAUUAUUAUAGAUUGGGAACAGUGUAAAGGAGAAAUUGACGCCUUAGUAAAUUGUCUUAUCUCUCACCCAAACCUCCCCAAAGCAAAGCAGACUGAUCUGAAGAGCAGUCAUUUUAAUCUGGGGUGCCUCACAUUCUUUAUUUCCAUGGGAACCGCACAUGUGGAUUUAAACUUGGUGACAUGGACUUAAAUUUUCCAGGUGCCAUUUGCAGAUUCCUUAUGUGUGUCCACCAGUGUCCCUGGAGAACAGGCUGAAACCACUUAUCUGAGAUUUUGUUCAAGUAAUAGUGGAAGGAUUCCCUCACCUCUGAUCCUGCACAUUGUGCUGCAGACCUCCUGAAAUGUGCUGACCACAUGCCUUUGCACAGGGUUUUGUUCAGCUGUUCACAGGAUCUAGAUUUGGGGAUGUGCUUGGAAAGGCAGUCCUGAGGAAGAUUGGCAACAAAAAUCUGUCUCCCUCCAUGUAAGUGAUUUCAGCCCAUGAAUUUCACAGAACCUGGGACUUCUCUGGGGCUCACAGGACCCUUUCAUACCCCCUGGUGCACACCUUCCUUUCCAUGAGGCACGGUUUGAUGUCAGCACCCACUCAAAGGGUGGGAGCCCUGGUGUUCAUGGGGUCGCUUGGCAGCACCCAGCACCAUCGCUGUGGAGGAGCCAAGGGCACCAGGCACCCCCAGAGUGGAGUUU